UAAUUUAAUUUUGUUCUAGAUUUACAAGAAUUCAUUAAUUCAGGUUUUGUUUAGGUAUUCAAAUGCACCUGCUACAUUGAUUGCACAGAUUAUAAAUAAUUUAUUGAGCCGUCGCCGUCGUGUUGUUGUGUAUUUGUAAUGUUUUAUGGACGAACAGCGAAGUAAAUAAGUUAAAUAUAAUUAAAUCUACAUGUGCAUAUGGGUUCCGUAAUAUAGUUCCAAUGGAUGCAGAUAUUUUAAUUGAGAAUAAAGACUACCUAUACGGCGAGGAUUUUAUUGAUCAGCUGCUCUCGAAUGAUUACAAAUGGUCGUCUCUAUUGGACGCGACGGAUGCAUCACCGAGCGAGAUCCUGGCUGAUGCUGCACCGACCCUGGUGCCGCCUAUAUCGCCAAUACUUAGCAUAAAGUCAAUAAAGUCAUCUGCUAGCAGUAGCAAUUCUGAUUCUGGAAGCGAAGAUGACUUUAAAAAUUCGAGUGGCGCUUCUGUCAGACAAUCUUCUCAGUCACCUUUUGAUUGGUCAACAAAUUUUAAGGAGGAGCCCACAAAUAACCUGAAUCUUGAAGAUAUAGAACUGUUUCUCCAGAAAACCGCCCCUGUUCCUGUUAGUUCUCCUCCACUAUACAAAACACACACAAAUGGAAUAUCUCCAGAAAGGAAUGGACCAGUUAUGGCCAUUGAAAAUGGUGUUAUUAAGGGGAUUAAAAUGGAGACUGAGGACUGUGAUAGUGAAAUAAGCAAACCCUCUAUAAAAUUACAAAAUGCAAAUGGUUACCAACAGAAUUCUUAUUUUAAAGUAGUGAAUGAGAAUUCAAAUAACAAUUUGAAUGACAAAAUUGUUGUGAAUGGCCAGAUUCAGUUGAUUGUUGAACAAAAGAAGGUGCCUAGUAUACUUAAGAGGAACAUGAAUGUAGUUACAAAACCAGCCAGUGUUGUGAUACCAGCUGAGAGUAAGGGUGGGAAGAUUGCUAUAUCUCCUCUUCCCCAAGUAAAUCUUAAUGGUGCCAAGGAGGUUCAAGUUAAGGUAACACCAACUGUAAAUAGUGUAGUGAUAAACCCUACUCCUGUUGCGCCCAGUCAGUGUGCAACGCAAAUAGUACAAAACCAUGUGAUACCUCAGAGUGCAAUAAAAAAUGAAAGUCCAAGAAGCCCCCCCACAAUGGACUUCUCGAACUUCAGUGAGGCAGAAAUCAGAGCUAUCAAGAAACAGCAGAGGAUGAUUAAAAAUCGGGAGUCGGCAUGUCAGUCUCGACAAAAGAAGAAAGAAUAUGUCUCGGCGCUAGAGCAACAACUAUUCGAAGCCCAGCAAGAGAUCGCGAGGUUGCGACUAGAAAAUAAACUGUUAAAGGAUAAGUUAGAAAUGGGUGGGAAGAAACGGAAGAUGCCGAGGCUCGACGCCUCGCUGUUGAUACCCAAGAAGAACAUCGCCGUUAUAUUUGCUAUGGUCUUCAUGGUUUCUCUCAACUGGAAUGUUUUAGGGUGGAACGCAAAGCCUUUUGUCGGGCCCUCUACUGAUCACAGGAGUACGAGACAUCUGUUGUGGGCUGACGAAAAUGCUGUAGAUAUGGCUAAUGAUGACAUUAGCAAUGGUACUUACGUGUCGGAUUGUCAGAACGUCACAUUAAAAGCCAGUGAUUUCCUGGACAUCAACCAGACGGAGAGCAUACGGAUAGCGGGAGAGCUGAACCGCUGGAUCGGAGGCAGCAAGACGCUAAACUGGACGUACGAUGUGCCGCGGAAGAAACGACAAGCUUAUCUUACUGAAGACAAGAUUAAUGGUGGUUUGUUAGAGACCUACAGAUUACUCAACAAACUGAAUUUAGACAGCAAUCUUGUCGACUUUCCUAGUGUCAGGAGUCAAGCGAAAUCCGUUAAAGACAAAUCGAGAUUACGUCGUCUACGGCGGAAUAAGGAUAUCGACUUCCCCGAGAGUGCAGUUAUCGAUUACGAGACCUUAUACCGCAAGCCUAUGAGGAAGACAGUGAAUGAUUUCAAUAUGGACGACAUGAGUGAAUGGAAUGCUUUGCUGCAAGCGUUGCAUAGGAGGGAUGAUACCUUCUAUGUACUCGGCUUCGGCAAAGGAGAGCACUUGCUUCUACCCGCUGUGUCGCACAACAUUACCAGACCUCCCAAAAUGGCUCUUAUUUUACCUGCAAAAACUAGUAACGAUUCCUUAAUGAAUGGUCAUGUUACGCUAAUGCAGAUUGAUUGUUCAGUAGUUAAUACAACUCUAGUCAAGUUAAAAUCAGAUGCUCUGCCUGAGAGCUUAAGGAAACAAACAGCGAACGGAGCUACACCAACUGAACACGACAAUAAGCAAGAAAACACAACUAGAUAUUAUAAUAUUAAAAAUAAAAACAACAUAGAUACUAAUAUGUUAAAAAAUUCUAGUAAUAUAUCGAAUUAUUCUAAAAAACAAAAUGUACCUCGUAAAGAAGAUUUGGGCAGAGAGGAUUUAUUUGCUCACUAUUUAUUUUCGAAACAAGAAAAUUCGAAACUCAAUGAAGUAAAAAGGCCAAAUAGAAAAAGCAAUACAAAUAGCACAAGAAUGGAGAAACAGAUUCACAAAGACAGUAUUUAGGUAAAACCGAAAAAUGGUUACGAUAAUAUCACUCCUGUCUGGUUACACAAAAAGAACACCCCUCGAUAAGUGAACAAAAAAACUAAUAAGGUACUUAGAGUAUACUUUUGCAAAUCAUAAACCAUGACCUAUAAUAGCAACCAUUAUAAAAACAAUACUUGAAUAACCAUUAAGUCUAAACAUUAAUUAAUAAGGAUCGAACCUUGUAGAGUUAUUAUGAUGAGGAAUCUAUUUAUAUUGAGUAUUUAAUUUAAAUAAGAAAUAUUAUUUUGUAUAUACAUAGUUACACUUUAUUUUUUGUCUUAUUCGAGCCAAGCUAAUUGAAUGCCCCCAUAUUUUUAUGGGAAAAUAAGGGAUAACUACUAGGUAUUAAAUCAUAAAUGUGAAAAUCUUUUUUAUCCAUAAAAAAUAUUAGACACGUGUUUUGCCUUAAUCUGAACAAUGUUACAAUGUAGGAGAAGAACUUGUGACUUAACGACUAAGCAAUAUACGAGUGAGGACACGCGUAAUUUCUUCAAGUCACUGUAAUUUGGUCAAUUUAAGUUUGCAGGACAAAUAAAAUAUACGUAUCUAAUAUUUUUCAUUAAACUACCUAGUGGACAUUGCAAACAAAAUUGUUGACAUCUCUAUUAACUGUUAAGUUUGGCAUAAAUUGCCAAUAGCAGGCUCUAUUUCAAAUACUAUACUGACUGGUAGGAAUCAUAAUCAUUACCAAGCAUAGUUAAAAUGUUGUGUUUUUCUGCGUAAGUAAAAUUAAUUUUACUAAAGAUCUCGGUAUCAUAAGGUGUGAAAACAUUGCUUAGAAGGUUAAAAAUAAUUUACCUGAUCAUGUUACAGUCUCAUUGUAAAUAGUCAUACAUAGAAUAAUUAUUGACAAGCCUACUUAAAUAUAUUAUAAGCCUAAUGGCUGUGUGUGUAGUAUAAAAAAGGUUUGUAUGCAAUAUUUAAACCCUCGAAAUGUUUGUACCUAUAUCAAAAAUAUUUUAUAUUUCUUUUCAAUUCUCGCAUAUUUUAAUAUUUAAGUUGUUCUUAUUGUGAGUGGAUGCAUAACUUAUAAAAAUAAUUCGGUUGUUACAAUGGACCUUACUUAGCAUCAUGUUAAAAAAAAA